UGGCUCUCGUUGGGUUUAUAAGCAGCAGCAGAAGAGUCCUGGAUGGAGCAGCAGCAGAUCAGCUCCACCCUUCAGCAGCUUCUACAACUCCGGCCGAGGUGCAUCAAACUCCUUAAAGCCUGACUGGAAGACAGCGCUUCAAGAAAUCGUCAAAAUGUCCGACCAGGUCGAUGCCCCGACCCCUUCCGCUGCCCCGACCCCUUCCGCUGCCCCCGCUCCCCCCGCCGGACGUCCUCCCAAGGUGGGCAUCCGGGGCCGAGCGUCAGGCCCCACGGACAGCGACAACUUUGAGACAGCCGACAUCCCAGAAUUAGAAUACUUUGUUGCACCGGGUCCGAGAGGAUACCCUCCUCUGACAGAAUUCCUGGACAUCUGGGAUGUGGACAUGAUGAGGAGGCGAGACGAAACCAACAAGAGCGACCACCGCACCAACCUGUACCACUGCGAAAAUCUCAUCGUCCGCCGAGGUCAAGAGUUCCAGAUCAAGAUCACCUUCAAUCGUGCUUACAAACCUAACGAGGACAAGUUUGCCGUGGAGUUUGUCAUCGGCGCCGACCCUCAGUACAGCAAGGGGACCUACCUUCCUGUGUUUCCCACCAAGACCCGUCAGAGCUCCUGGGGCGGUCGCGUCAUACAGACCAACGACAACGUGGUCACCAUGGGCAUCACGCCGGCAGCCAACUGCAUUGUGGGAAAGUAUCACAUGUACAUUGCAGUGCAGACCCCCUUUGGCAUUCGUAGGACGAAGCGGGACAACAGCAGAGAUUUAUACAUCCUCUUCAAUCCUUGGGCAGCAGAUGAUGCUGUGUUUCUGGACGACGAGGCAGAGAGGCAGGAGUGCGUGAUGAACGAGUUGGGGAUCAUCUAUCACGGCGCUUAUGACGACGUGUCCGAGAGAAACUGGAACUAUGGACAGUUCAACUAUGGAGUUCUAGAUGCCUGUCUGUACAUCAUGGAUCGGUCUGAAAUGCCAAUCACCAACAGAGGCGACCCCAUAAAGGUGACCAGAAAGGCCUCUGCCAUGUUGAACUCACGUGACGACGACGGCGUGCUGGUGGGGAACUGGAGCGGCGACUACACCUACGGAGUGGCGCCCACUUCCUGGACCGGCAGCACCGACAUCCUGCUCAGCUACUCCGGCAGCAAGAUGCCCGUGUGCUACGCUCAGUGCUGGGUCUACGCUGCUGUCUUCAAUUCCUUCCUGCGCUGUCUGGGCAUCCCAUCCAGAGUGGUCACCAACUACUACUCUGCUCACGACAACGACGGGAACCUGAAGUUGGACAUAAUUCUGGACGACAACGGCAGAAUCGAUCGAAGGCGCACCAAGGACUCCAUCUGGAACUAUCACUGCUGGAACGAGUGCUACAUGUCCAGACCGGACCUCCCUCCAGGCUUCGGAGGCUGGCAGGUUGUGGACGCAACGCCUCAGGAAACCAGCGACGGGAUGUACAGAUGUGGACCUGCGUCCGUCCUGGCCAUAAAACACGGACACAUUUGCUUCCCAUUUGAUGCGCCCUUUGUGUUUGCUGAGGUCAACAGCGACGUCGUGUUUUACUCGCGGAAGAAUGACGGGACUCUGGAGCCGGUCAAAGUGAACAAAAGUCACGUGGGUCGCAUGGUUUUGACCAAAGCCGCGGGAAGCGACGGCCGUCGAGACAUCGUCGAUCAAUACAAGUUUCCUGAAGGAAGCCCAGAGGAGCGGACUGUCCUGGAAAAGGCAGAGGAGUUCGGCUGCAAGCAGGAGAAGUCCAGCCCCCCCGAGGCGGAUGUGAACGUGGUCCUGCCCACCCUGGAGAUCAGCGUCGGCGAUGACUUCGAGUUCAAUGUGGAGUUCGUCAACCAGAGCUUGCAGAAGCGCACAGUGGAGGCCUACGUCAGCGGGAGCGUGGUGUAUUACACCGGAGUCUCCAGCAAUGAGUUCCUGUUCAAGACCCCCACCGUGACCAUUCCGGCCCAAAAGAGUGUGAAGAAGUUGGUGACGAUUGAGUCGAGGGACUAUCUUGACCACCUGGUGGAACAGGCCAACCUUAACUUCAUAGUCACUGGGAAGAUCAAAGAAACCGGCCGUAUCGUCACCGCCAUGAAAGUGGUCACCCUGCACACUCCCAAACUCACCGUUGAGGUGUCUGGCGGCGGCAGAGUGAAUGAAGAGAUGAUGGCCAGCGUGCAGUUUACCAACCCCUUCUCCUUCAACCUUGAGAGCGUCCACCUCCGGAUGGAAGGACCCGGAGUCAUGGAGCUCAAAUCCAGAUACUACAGUCUGCUCCCCGGCGGCUCCUCUCUGACCUGGACUGAGAUGUUUACUCCACAGAGGGCUGGCAAGACCAGAGUGAUGGCUACUCUGGACUGUUCUGGUCUCAGACAGGUCUCCGGCCAGGCGUCCAUCACCAUCGAAACCUGAAGAGGAAGCAGAAGAUUCACUGAUACAACAUCCAGCAAGCUUUAAAACAUCCUCGAUUUCUUUAGACUCAGCUAAAAAUGCUGAAAUUGGAGAAAAGUUUCAGAAAGCUUGGGGAAGUAUUGGUGAUGGGUUUACUAUCGUUAUAUGUAGGCCUGUUUUAGUAACACAUUUUGCUGGACGAUAAAUUGCCCUAGAACUUAUUAUGUUAAACCAUAACGUUGUUUUAAGAACAUUUUUAAGUGGUAUAAUAGUGAUAAUGGCAUAAAAGCUCAAAGAUCAGUCAAAUUUAAAUUCUAAUAAACAUUUAAACAUUGGAACUGGAAGAAAUUUCAAAUAUCCAAAAUAAAUAAAGAAAACAACAGAAAUAACAAAGAAAAGAAAAUAUGAAGCCUCUGUGAACAAAAUUAUCUUUAAAAGUUGAAACCAAAACACCAGACUGAAGACUUUUAUCAUUCAGUUUUUAGUAAAAAGGAGAGAAAAGGGACAAAAAUGAUCAAUCAAGCAAAAUUAUUGAGUUACUUUUAAUUUAUCAUGCGAUUAAUUGGUUUAUUGUUUAUUGGGACAGGCCUAGUUAAUGAUUAUAAUCUGUUACAACAUGACUGAAGGGGCUGUCUGAAGACUUCUGCACAGUAAAGUACAUAAAGUAUAAAGUAUAUAGACUUCCAUGAGAAUAGCUUUAUCAUCCAUAUCAAUAGAGGUGAUAGUUUCAGCAUAUUGAAAUUCUAGUCUGAUGCAUGAAAGUACGGACAAAAAUAGAUUUUAAAAAACUCACAUUUUCACCUGUAGCAUAAUAAAGAUCGAUCAACAACUUAAUAUUUUUGCUUGAAGUCCCAUUUUUGAGUAAUGUAAUUUGGCCACUAGGGGGCAGGCUAACUCUGAAAAGUAAAGAAAAAAAAAACUGACUGAACUUUAAUUGCAUGUGUUAACAGGACGGGAGUUUCAGCCACAGUUGUCUAUUGCACCAUGCAACGAGCCCAGUAUGUUAUAUUCUGAAAUACUUAAGCACGUAUUAUAUAAUCUCUUUGCAAUGUAAGCGCUUCCAGUUUAUUUCUAUUUGCUUGCUAUGAAGCAAACAGCAGGUUGAGGUGAGCAGAGGAUUUAUUGAAACUGUGUGGCUAAAAAUCUCACAAAUAUUGAAUAUAGCCAUAGAAAGCUGAUAAAGGGCUUUUAGUUACAGUAUUUUAUCAAACUUUUUACUGUUUUAGUUUACAUGAAAGAACUCCCAUUCUUACGUCUGUGUAUCUCCAUGCAGAUUAAACUCCAUUUAUAUUCACUGUUA